AUGAGCAUGAGUCGGCUUACCUCGAGUGCACCAGAUGACUCUGGGGAUCAUGUUCAUCCAACAACCAUUCCAACUUCUAGCCUCCUCGCUACUCCCAGUACCCAAACAUCGCCAGUUGACCUUGACAGUCUCAGUCGGCCAUGUUCCGGUACACAAAAGCGGUUAGAAUCAAUCCCGGAAGAACACACAGAUCGAAUGCAGAAGCUCAAAGGAGCCGUGCGAACUAUUCUUGAGUGUAUUGGUGAAGAUCCAAAUCGAGAAGGACUCCUUCAGACUCCGGAGCGAUACGCCAAGGCUAUGCUCUUUUUUACCAAGGGUUACCAGGAGAAUCUCCAAGACCUGCUCAAUGGAGCUGUUUUCCAUGAGAAUUACGAUGAAUUGGUCAUUGUGAAAGACAUCGAUGUUUCUUCCCUUUGUGAGCAUCACAUGGUCCCUUUCACUGGAAAAAUACAUAUCGGUUACAUUCCUAAUGGCCGGGUAAUUGGUCUUUCCAAACUUGCCCGACUAGCCGAGGUAUUCUCACGCAGACUCCAGGUCCAAGAGCGCCUGACCAAGCAGAUUGCUCUUUCGAUCUCCGAGGUACUGAAACCGCAGGGCGUUGGGGUUGUUAUGGAGUCCUCGCAUCUUUGCAUGGUUAUGCGCGGGGUAGAGAAGGUUACCAGCACGACAACCACCAGUUGUAUGCUUGGAUGCAUGCGAUCUGAUGCACGGACCAGAGAAGAGUUUUUGACUCUUCUGAACCGG